UCUCCGCCCGGCCAAGAUGUCUGACAUGGAGGAUGAUUUCAUGUGCGAUGAUGAGGAGGACUACGACCUGGAAUACUCUGAAGAUAGUAACUCUGAACCAAAUGUGGAUUUGGAAAAUCAGUACUAUAAUUCCAAAGCAUUGAAAGAAGAUGACCCAAAAGCAGCGUUAAGCAGUUUCCAAAAGGUCUUGGAACUUGAAGGUGAAAAAGGAGAAUGGGGAUUUAAAGCACUGAAACAAAUGAUUAAGAUUAACUUCAAAUUGACAAAUUUUCCAGAAAUGAUGAACAGAUAUAAACAACUAUUGACCUAUAUUCGGAGUGCAGUCACAAGAAAUUAUUCUGAAAAAUCUAUUAAUUCUAUCCUUGAUUAUAUCUCCACUUCUAAACAGAAUUCUGAUUUUUUAUGUCAGAUGGAUUUACUGCAGGAAUUCUAUGAAACAACACUGGAAGCUUUGAAAGAUGCUAAGAAUGAUAGACUAUGGUUUAAGACAAACACAAAGCUUGGAAAAUUAUACUUAGAGCGAGAGGAAUAUGGAAAGCUUCAAAAAAUUUUACGCCAACUACACCAGUCCUGCCAGACUGAUGAUGGCGAAGAUGACCUGAAAAAAGGUACACAGUUAUUAGAAAUAUACGCUUUGGAAAUUCAAAUGUAUACAGCACAGAAAAAUAACAAAAAACUUAAAGCACUCUAUGAACAGUCACUUCACAUCAAGUCUGCCAUCCCUCAUCCACUGAUCAUGGGAGUCAUCAGAGAAUGUGGAGGUAAAAUGCACUUGCGAGAAGGUGAAUUUGAAAAGGCACACACUGAUUUUUUUGAAGCCUUCAAGAACUAUGAUGAAUCAGGAAGUCCCAGACGAACUACUUGCUUAAAAUAUUUGGUCUUGGCAAAUAUGCUAAUGAAAUCGGGAAUCAAUCCAUUUGACUCCCAGGAAGCCAAGCCGUACAAAAAUGAUCCAGAAAUUCUAGCAAUGACAAAUUUAGUAAGUGCCUAUCAGAAUAAUGACAUUACUGAAUUUGAAAAGAUUCUAAAAACAAAUCACAGCAACAUAAUGGAUGACCCCUUCAUAAGAGAACACAUUGAAGAGCUUUUGAGAAACAUCAGAACACAAGUGCUCAUAAAAUUAAUAAAGCCUUACACAAGAAUACAUAUUCCUUUUAUUUCUAAGGAGUUAAACAUAGAUGUAGCUGACGUGGAGAGCUUGCUGGUGCAGUGUAUAUUGGAUAACACUAUUCAUGGCCGAAUUGAUCAAGUCAACCAGCUCCUGGAACUGGACCAUCAGAAGAGGGGUGGUGCACGAUAUACGGCAUUAGAUAAAUGGACCAACCAACUAAAUUCACUCAACCAGGCUGUAGUCAGUAAACUGGCUUAACGGAGAGCAAGCUUUUACAGACGUACUUAAGGCAACAGUGCAGAGAUGUAAUCCUUAAAAACUGGGAAUGGCAAAACGACUGUCGGUUGAUGUGUCCUGAAAAUUAUUGGAGUUAUGGCAGAAGUGCUUUUUUGAUCAACUGGUUUGUGUUUUGCUGCUGCAUUUAUCCCAAGAAAAACAGCUUUAAUCUCCAGAAGAAAACCAAAAUGCCAUGGGAUUUAUGCUGUAUUGACAUCUUGCCCUAAACAUUCAACAUCAUAGUAAUUUGUCGUGGGCAACAUGACCAGAGAGAAGAUUUUUGUCAUGAUUUUAAAUACACUGACACGCUACUGUUGGUUAAAUUAAAACAUGUUUUACCUGCAGAAAUUCUCUCACAGAUAACCUGCAAUAACUUGAAAUGCAUACCCUUUUGAACACUUCCUUUUCUCAUGUAUAAAUUAAAAUGUCUGCUGCAUUUUGCAAAAUGUCAAUUCUCCAAAAAUGUGUCCACAUAUUUCUGUACCUGCAGUGUAGUAAAGGUUUAGACGAAACCCCGUAAUUAUAGUGGCAUACUGUCACUUAGGUUUCAAGCAGCGAAAUAAACAGUGCAGCUCAGAAAUUGUAGUUUGGUUCUUGAUGUGUUUUUAUUACAUUGGGCUUGUUUUGUUUUUAGUACCUUAGAAAUUUCAAGUUAUUUUAUCUUCUGUUGAUGAUUUUAAAAGGAGGGAAAAAAACCUGAGGGCAGAUAAGUUGCUUGUUUGCUUUUAGGUUUUUCUAAAUAGCCUUUCUUGAUCAAGGAGAACUAGUUUCUAACAAAACAUUUGCAUAGUGUUGACUUUGAUAGUGACGCUUUAAAGGAAUCUUUUUUUCCUUUUUUUUUUUUGAAGAAUGGUAUUCCUUUUUAAAGGAUUAAAUUCUAACUACCAGAAUAUUCAUAUAAACAAAUAUUUGAGAACGUAGACAGCUAAAUGAAUGUUAUUCUGUGUACUGAUCAUGCUGGAAAGUUAAGUGUAACUCCAGCAAUCUACCACUGCCCACAACCUUUGGAUUUCCUUCUUUUAGAAUUGCAUUCAGAGCUAAUCUGAAUCAUAUGUACUAUUGACUUUAUGAUCACAUAAAAAGCAAAAGUAUUGCCAGGCAUCCAGUCUUGAUUGUACUUAGGCAACAUUGUUCGCCACCAAUGACCGAUUGCAGUUUCUAAAAAUUAAAUCUGUACGUGAGGCAAUCGUAGAAGUGCAGCCAGCUCUGACGGCAAUUCCAAAAGAGUGGGGAAGGUAAUCCGCCUCGCAGUGGUGCCCUCGUUAAAAGAAUGGACUGUGACCUUCCUUAAAGACACUCAGCUCAUUUGAAUGUAUUGAGAUUUGGAUAUGUUUGUUUCAUUUUUAAAAGGUCAUUAUUUUAUAGCCAUCAAAAUGGAAAGAAGAUUAAGAGAAUUCUUUUGGUUUUUCUAUUUGCUCGUUAUUAUGUAAAAAGUGAGUGGCAGUUACAGAGAAGACUGGUAAUUGAAGGGUGCAAACCAAGAAUUUUUGACCAUUAAAUUAGAUUUUAUAAGCAGUGGGAAGAGCAUGGACUUAAAAUAAGGCAUGCUUAUUUGGUUUUGUCAAAAUUUUACGAAAAUGUGAUAUAUAUUUAUACUAAAAGUAUAUAACCCUUAGAUUUAGGAAAGUAAUCAGUUAAUGUCUUUAGCAGAUUAAGGCAGUAUUAAAUACAGGUACAUGUUGAAAAUUGUAGAAAAAUGAAAGUGAAAGACACAAUGUCGGGUAGGGAAUAAAAAAGUGAGAUAUAAAAGUAUGUGUAUUUUCUUGUUUUACAUAAAUCAUUUGUGAAAAGUGUGCUAAUUUUUUUUACAGGAGUGAUAUUAGGAUUUAUUUUUCAGUAUAACUUGGAGACUUUGUUACUCAAAUAAAAAUGACAAGUA